UAGGGGCACGUGAUCCUCAGUAACCUUUUCAACCUCUCGGCGAUGUUAGCAGAUGACCCCGGAACCAAUUCCUCUGUUUCCGGGCCGAGAGGUGGCGAAGCUCAGGAUCAUCGGCGGAAAUGACUCGGUCAAAGAGGAUACGGAAUCACAACAGUGACAAAAAGAAAAGUAUAUCAAAGCAAUGGAAAACAAAAAGGCGAACAAAAGAUUUAGAUCAAAUUCAUGAAGAUAUGAAACCUGAAAAUGCAGACAAAUUAUUGCACCAGGAAAUAGAUUAUGAUGCCGUAGGAAAUGCACAAUUCUAUUGCUUACACUGCGCGCGGUACUUCAUUGAUCAAAGAAGUCUCAAAGAGCAUUUUAAAACAAAAGUUCACAAACGAAGACUAAAACAGUUAAGCGAAGAGCCCUACACUCAGGAAGAAGCAGAACGAGCAGCAGGAAUGGGAUCCUAUAUACCAGCAAAGAAAGUCAAAGUUGAGACUCAGGCAAUAGAAGAAGAAAUGAAAAUAUGAUAAUUUGAUUUUUGUAAAAAAUGAAUUCCUCUUCAAAAAAACACAAAGCUCUUUUAAUAUUGUUCAGAGCUUUAUAUAAUUAUUUAAUCUCAAAGAUUUGUUGGCUUUGAUCUUAUUGAUUCAGCUGAUACUUCUAAAUGUCAGCAUCAUGUUCCUAAAAAUAUAUCUAAACUGGUAACUUCAUCCUUUUGAAAGGAUGUGUUGUAACCUUCAAAUAGGCCAUCUUCAGAAAUAAACACAUUCCAAAGAGAAAA